CUGCGAAAGCACAUUCACUAUGAUUUUCAGGGUGACAACUGGACAACGAACGAUUUGUUCAAAUUUCAACACGACAGUCUGGAGGAUUAUGAUGCGGCCGAGAAGCGGGUGAUCUGCGAAGAAUGGUUAAGACGCCUGAAUGCAGUCCCAAAAAAAUACUGCUACCUUGCUUGGUACGCAUCAGCAAUUUACACCUGUUAUUAUCGUCUUGCUCCAUUAGUCGUUAAUAAGGGCGAGAAGAAAGAGAUAUGGAUGAAUGCAAAACGAGAAUAUGCAGAAAUAUUUCUGAUGGGAAGGCGGAUUUGGCGACGGCCGACACAUCCCACCAGGCUACGUGUUCUCUAUGAUUUCGCCACACUUUGUGUUCGUUUCAGUGGCGUCCCGGAUGACGACACCGUUGUACUUUUCCGUGAUUUACUUUAUGAUUACGACAAUUUCAAUUUUGAAGUGCUAAGUGAAAUCGAAUACGCACAGUCAAUUGAGAAAAAAGCAUCAUCACUUUCCGCACCGGAAAGUAUUAUCUCGGAUGCAAUAACAUUUCCGCUUCUGGAUGUACCAAAUACGAAAAAAGAACUCACUCGUAAGCCUAGCGUUCGGUUUGUUGAAAAAUCAGAUAAUGAUGGCGGUGAGUUAUUACUGGAAGGCGAGCCAGCUACUGCUGUCUUUGUCGAUCAAAAAAGCGAAUUUCAAAAAAAUGGGCACUCCUCGAAAAUUUUCACGAAAUCUGUGCCUUCCUCAAGUCAUGCUCACACAUUGGCACACGAAGCCUUUACGGCAGAAUUUGGCGGACAACUGGUGAUUCCGGAAAUUAUUGUUUCGUCGAAACUGGCGUCUACUGCCGAACCAGUGACUACCAUGCUCACAACGAGUGAAAACAAUGAGACUGAAAAGGAAUUUAUGGCCUACAAAAAACCGGAAUCUGGUGAAAUUAACCGGACGUUGCCUUUGAUUGUUGCAAAGGCACAUCUGUCAAUUACUUCUCCAGUAUUUGAUUCAAUGAACAACAAUACUAGGCAAGCGUAG